CUGAAAUUUUUGUUUGUUCUCGCUUCGUCAGUUUAAGAAAUGACAUCGUUCAGAGACCUCCAAAACCUUCUUCUCAGUCCUGGAUCAAAUUUUCACCUUUAUCGGAAGUUCGAGAGUCUUUUCGUCAUACGAAUUCUUCAUCAUUUACUCAAAGCCCUCGCGGAUUGUCUUUAUCAGGACACAAACCGCUUGAAUACAGUGGUUUCGAUUCAAUACAAGAUGGGAAUUGGGGAUCCCACACGGAGUUAUUUAUCCAAAGUCCGUUGCCGCUACAUACUCUUCACCGUAGUUCUUUUAAUUGUGGUGGCACUCUAUGUCACAAUGAACUUAAAAAACUACGGUCUCUACACCGGAAAUCAUCCUUUUUUCUCAGCUCAGCCGUGUCAAUACCUCGAUUCUAAAGAAAAAGGACAGCUUUUGAAGAUGGCGUAUACAGUCCAUAAGAUUCUUGACGACUUUGGUAUAGACCAUUGGCUCGUAUACGGAUCUGUUUUUGGCGCUGUGCGGGCGCACGGUCCUUUGCCAUGGGACAAUGACGUAGAUAUUGGUUUUAACGGCUCGGGGAUAUUCGCCACGAUGGAUUUUAACAAGUUUUUAACCGCUUUCGAAGACAACGGAUUGAAAGUUUAUCACAGAAGGUGGAUCACAAGCAACGUGAUGAAAGUUUACAAGGAUGAUCAGCCUCAUAUCAAAGUAGAUUUGUUUGCUUUUUAUAAUUAUCGUGGAUGGAUGAAACGUGCUGGACUAGAAACUUGGCUCUUUGCAUUGAAUUAUAAUUUACAUGAUACGUACCCGGCGAGACUAGUAGAGAAACCUCUUCCUAUGGUUCGAUUUGGUUAUUUUAAAUUACCGGCUCCAAGAGAAGGCCUUACAAUUCAACGAUACCUUUACCCUGACGACUGGUGGAAAGAAGUAAAACCUGUCACUUGUAAGUAACGCAAUGUUAUGUCUGUUGCGUUACUAGCAACCACAGCGAAGAUCCAUUUUAUUCCUUAUCAUAUAAGGGCAAAAUUACUGAAUUGUGAUUGGUCAAGACAGAGGGAAUUUUUUUCUUAAUUUUUGUAAUUGCCCCGGGCAAAAUUACUUGAAAAUGUUUGGCUGAAAAUCGCUUAGCAACGGCUGCCAAGAUAAAGAAAUGUCUGUUUGAAAUUUCUCGUUUUGCGCCAGAUCAGUAAGAAAACCUUUUGCCCGUUAUAUUAUAAACAAGUAAUCAUAUGGUUCCUCGUAAAAUUAAGG